GCUCUCGCGACCCCGUCCUCGCACGCACAAGGACCAGCUCGCGACCCCGACCACCAUGGCCGACCUCCCCGUCCUCCAGGAUGACCAGCUGCAGGCCCGCACUCGUCGCUUCACCGAGUUUCUCGACCUCGACCCGGGCUCGGCGCAGGCUCGUCGCAUGAGCAUGCCGUACAAGACUGCUGUGCGCAAGAUGUGCGAGGCGCAGGAGCGCCGCCUCAUCAUCAACCUCGACGACCUGCGCGACUUUGACCGCGAGUUCUGCGACGGCCUCCUGAAGGAGCCGGCCUCGUGGCUACCCGCGGCAGAUGCGGCGCUCAAGGCGACGGCGGUCAACGUCGCGAGCGAGCGCAUGGCCGAGGCGCUCCAGCAGGACACGUUCUAUGUCGGGUACAAGGGCUCGUUUGGCGAGAACCACACGACGCCUCGAACGCUCAAGAGCGAGAAGCUCGGCAAGAUGGUGUGCCUCGAGGGAAUCGUCACGCGCUGCAACCUCGUCCGCCCAAAGAUGCAGCAGUCGGUCCACUACUGCCCGACCACGUCCAACUUUCACACGCGCCUGUACACCGACCGCCUGUCGUCGGCCGCAGCGUCGGGCGCACCCGUCUCGUCGUCGGCCUACCCGCAGACGGACGCCGACAACAACCCGCUCGAGAUCGAGCACGGCCUGUCGACUUUCAUGGACCACCAGAUGAUCUCGAUCCAGGAGAUGCCCGAGCGCGCGCCGGCGGGCCAGCUCCCGCGCAGCGUCGAGGUUGUGCUCGAGGACGACCUCGUCGACAAGUGCAAGCCGGGCGACCGGCUGCAAAUCGUCGGCGUGUACCGCAGCCUCGGCGGUGGCAACGGCGGGUCGGCUCACUUCAAGACGCUCAUCAUCGCCAACCACAUCGUCCUCCUGUCGGCCAAGUCGGGCGCCGGCAUCGCCCAGAUGACGCUGUCCGAGCACGACGUGCGCGACAUCCGCAAGGUGUCGAAGCGCAAGGACGCGUACGAGCUCCUGUGGAAGUCGCUUGCGCCGUCCAUCUACGGCUCGGACUACAUCAAGCAGGCCAUCCUCCUCCUCCUGCUCGGCGGCGUCGAGAAGAACCUGCCCAACGGCACCCACCUGCGCGGCGACAUCAACGUCCUCAUGGUCGGCGACCCGAGUACGGCCAAGUCGCAGAUGCUCCGGUUCGUCCUCAACACGGCGCCGCUCGCCAUCGCGACGACGGGCCGAGGCUCGUCCGGCGUCGGUCUGACGGCCGCCGUCACGACCGACAAGGAGACGGGCGAGCGCCGCCUCGAGGCCGGCGCCAUGGUCCUCGCCGACCGCGGCGUCGUCUGCAUCGACGAGUUUGACAAAAUGAGCGAGGUCGACCGCGUCGCCAUCCACGAGGUCAUGGAGCAGCAGACGGUCACGAUCGCCAAGGCGGGCAUCCACACGUCGCUCAACGCCCGGUGCUCGGUCGUCGCCGCCGCCAACCCGAUCUACGGCCAGUACGACGUGCACAAGGACCCGCACAAGAACAUUGCGCUCCCCGAUUCGCUCCUGUCGCGCUUCGACCUCCUGUUCAUCGUCACCGACGAGGCCGACGAGCAGCGCGACCGCCAGAUCUCGGAGCACGUCCUGCGCAUGCACCGCUACGUCCAGCCUGGACUCGAGCCGGGCGCGCCGGCGCUCGACACGCUCGAGCAGCACUUGAGCGUCGGUACCGAGCAGCCGGCGGCCAACUCGAUCGAGGCCAACGCGUCGCCGUUCGAGAAGUUCAACCCGCUCCUGCACGGCGGCGUCGUCCCCCAGAUCGUCAAGCGCGGCGGCAAGAAGAAGGCCAAGGUGCCCGAGGUCCUCACGAUCGCGUUCGUCAAGAAGUACAUCCAGUACGCCAAGCAGUCGAUUCAGCCCGUCCUCACGCCCGAGGCGUCCGAGAUCAUCACCAAGUCGUGGACCAACCUGCGCAACGACGACGCCGGGCCCAACCAGAAGCGGACCUCGCCAAUGACGGUCCGUGCGCUCGAGACGCUCAUCCGUCUCUCGACUGCCCACGCCAAGGCGCGCCUGUCGGAGCACGUCCUCGAGGAGGACGCCAUCGCCGCCGAGGAGAUCCUGCGGUACGCGCUGUACAAGGAGGUCGUCAAGGCGUCCAAGAAAGACGACAAGGCCAAGCGCCGCAAGCUCAACAAGCCCAAGCGCGGCGACAAGGGCUCGGGCGACGAGUCGAGCGACGACGGCGACGAGUCGAGCGACGACGAGGACGAGGAGGACGGCCGGGGCCCGAAGCGCAUGGACAUGCCGCCUCGGUCGGGCUCGCGCGCCCAGCCUGCGCGAGGGACGCGGGGCACGAGCGCGCGCGGCAGCACGGCGGCGGCGGCGAGCAGCCCAGCGGCGUUUUCGGUCGAGGGCGAGGACGACUACAUGCUGGUCGAGCAGGGCGAGCAGGACGCCGACGACGACGAGGAGGCGGCCAUGCGCGAGGCCGAGGACGGCGGCCUGCCGUCGCCGCCGCCGGCGGCCGUCGUCCAGGCGGCGCAGGUCGAGCAGGCGCCGACACCUCAAGAGGGCGUCGACCCGGCGCGGUUCAAGCUGUUCCAGACCCGGCUCGCUGCCGUGCGCAAGAGCGACGCGUUCAAGGACACGGACGAGCUCACGCUCGACAUGAUCAUCGAGCCGCUCAACGGCGGCCUCGAGAUUGCCCAGCUCUUUGGCCGCGCCGAGGUCGAGGAGCUCCUCGAGGUGCUCGCCGCCCAGGACGACGCCGUCGUCACAUUCGACAGCGGCGUCCUCUACUUCUAGACCUUGUCGUCGUCGUCGUCGUCGUCCGUCGGCGGUCGUCAGGCAGCGCCUCUUCCCUCGUCGUUCCCUUCCUCCUUCCACCUCCCAACUCUUUCCUCCUUCGCCCGCCUCCUCUCGUUCUUCUCGGUCCUCUCGCGGGACCGUCUCUCGGUCUGUGUAGCUCUUACCUAUGUCUGUCCCUCGUCCCUGUAUUGUCACUCGUGCAGUCCUCU